AUGUCGAAACUGACGAAGAAUUCGUGUAAAGUCCAGAUGAGGCCACUUGGGCUGGGCUAUGGAUCAAUAAAGACGGCUGCUGAGAUCGUCAGCCUUUCUUUCGCCUCAGAUCCCCUGAUCCGUUGGCUCUCUCGCGAUCGCUCUGGUCCCGGCUGGGAGACCCUGACACCUACCCUGCAGCAAUGGCAAGAGGCACGUCUGCGCGAGUAUUCCGUGCGUGGAAUCGCUAUGGAAGCCGUUACAAUGGAUGAUUCUCACAAAAGCAUUGGGUCAUGUUUUUUGUUCCCUCCCAAGCCACUGUAUCGAUGGCUGAAUCCAUUGUGGUGGCCAUCAUACUCACGAGUUCUAUGGGACGAAUGGUGGAUCAAACCAACGGAACCGUUCUCUUUAGAAAAGAGGAUCGGGAUCAUGAUGAAUUCUCACAACGAUUUCGAGCAGAGAAUCAAGGAGAAGUAUCCACCAAAUUCUCUUUACUACCUCGAGAUCGCCGCGGUCAGACCUGAUGCGCAAGGGAUGGGAGUUGGGAGAACGAUCAUGCAAUGGGUAGUGCAGGAGCUAGGAGACGAUCCAUGUUAUAUUGAGUGUACUGAUGAGAAAAAUGUGGCGUUUUACGCCAAGUAUGGCUUUGAGGUUGUUGAAGAGGCGGAAUUGGUCGACGAGGAGGACGCAAUGCCACCAACGACUUUAUUUUACAUGAUUAGAGAUACAUCAACACUCAAGAACUAG